AUCACGUACAGCGAUACAGUAGAGGCGCAGCCCGGAAAAAGGACGGAAGCCUCUUGUAGCAACGGAGCUAGCCACCUCCAUGCGUGUGCCGUCACACGGCUGAAGGGUCCGCGAAACCAACCUCAGACAACGUUUUUGUCUCCUCUGUUUGAGGACCACGGUAGACUACGCGAACAGCGGGGACCGACGCGGUUAUGGCGACAUCCAGCCCCUGUGUUGUGAUAAGUGAUGAGGAGCAGGGAUAUGAUCUGGACCUUUUCUGCAUACCAAAGCACUACGCCUCCGACCUAGAUAGGGUCUACAUCCCUCAUGGACUCAUCUUGGACAGGACAGAGAGACUGGCCAGAGAGAUCAUGAAGGAAAUGGGGGGGCACCACAUCGUGGCCCUCUGUGUGCUCAAAGGAGGCUACAAGUUCUUUGCAGACCUUCUCGACUACAUCAAGGCCUUGAACAGGAACAGUGACCGCUCCAUCCCAAUGACAGUGGACUUCAUCCGCCUCAAGAGCUACUGUAACGACCAGUCGACUGGAGAAAUCAAAGUGAUUGGUGGAGAUGACCUGUCCACAUUGACAGGCAAGAACGUCUUGAUUGUGGAGGACAUUAUCGACACGGGGAAGACAAUGAAGACAUUAUUGCAACUCCUCAAACAGUACCAUCCCAAAAUGGUUAAAGUAGCGAGUCUGUUGGUGAAGAGGACACCAAGAAGCGUUGGCUACCGACCCGACUUUGUAGGAUUCGAAGUGCCUGACAAAUUUGUGGUGGGAUACGCACUAGACUACAACGAGUACUUUAGAGAUCUCAACCAUAUCUGCGUCAUUAGUGAAUCAGGGAAGGAGAAGUACAAGGCAUGAAGAGCACUUUGUAUUGAUUUUUAACACAUGGUUAUAUCCCCCCCCUUUCUGCUAUCCAUUAGAUAAUGAAUCGCUUCACAUUUGUGUCAUAAAAACAGUCGGCCUGCUCAGGUUCCCGGAGGACACACUGCUGAAUUGAUCCCUCUGUUUUAGCAAACACACACACACGCACACACACAAGAUUCAACCUUUUGAGAAAAUUGAUUGCCUUCAAUGGAACCACGUCUGGGUAACGGCAUGGAGCAGAGCCUCACCUGAAAUUAGUCUAAUACUUCUAUGCCCCCUACACUGAUUCAUAAUUUUCUUAAAGCAAUUAUGUAAUUUAUUCAGAGCAACGCUGCUAGCUUUAAGGAGAAUAUCACAAUUGUUGUGCCACAUUUAUUUGACAACCUCUUUUUUUUUGUUUGUUGUAAUUCUACUUUUACCGUGAACUAUUAAUGGCUGUUUCAUGGACACUGAUAAGGAUGAUUUCUUUUUACAUUUUCUUGACAUCUGUAUGUGUAUUUGGGGCUACUGUGGUGUGUGAUAAGAUCUCCUUAAAGACUGCAUUGAAAAGCUAAGCAAAUAUUAGCUGCUGUCCCUAAUUAGACACAGACGAUAUUAUUAAGAUGAAUAAUCCUCUUCUUUAUGAGUAUUAAUAUCAACUUUGUCUUUUAUGUUCGACAAAUAAAUUGGAUGCAUGAA